AUGCCCAGUUCCAUCGCUUCCUCCGAAGGAGAGGAUAUUGAGACUACCACCAAGAAUGAGAUCCCUCUGAUAGACGAGCUGACCAACCACGGAAUCAAUGCUUCCGACGUCCUCAAACUGAAGGCCGCGAAGAUUUACACCAUUGGCCAGGUUUUCAGUGCCACGAAGAGAACUCUCGGGAAUAUCAAGGGCUUCUCUGAAAUCAAGGUCGAAAAGGUCAAGGAGGCGGCCAGUAAAUGUACCACGCACUCUCGAUUCCUGACAGGGACUGAGCUCCUCGAAAAGCGUAAAUUGUGCUUCAAAAUUGCCACCGGCAGCACACAGCUGGACAAGAUUCUCGGCGGCGGAUUUGAGUCGAGCAGCGUCAGCGAGGUCUAUGGCGAAUAUAGGUGUGGUAAGACCCAAUUGGGUCUAACCAUGUCUGUCGUCGCCCAGCUGCCUCCAUCUAAAGGCGGUGCUUUGGGAAAAGUGGCCGUGAUUGAUACCGAGGGCACAUAUCGUCCGGAGAGGAUUGCUCAGAUCGCCGCACGCUUCGACAUUGAUCCAGACCAAGCCAUUGAGAAUCUCUAUGUUCAUCGCACUCCCAACAGCGAGGACCAACAUGAUUCUUUGAACGACCUCGCGGAAGAGUUUGCCUCGGGCGACUACCGCCUCUUGRUUGUGGACAGUAUUCUCAAUCUCUUCCGCACCGACUACAUCGGCCGUGGCCAGCUCUCAGAGAGGCAACAGGCACUUGGCCAGCAUCUCCGCCGGCUGUGUGACUUCGCCGAGAUCUUCAACAUCGCAGUCUUCUUGACCAACCACGUCCAGUCCGAUCCAGGCGCCAGUGCCUUGUUCUCCGGUGCUGAUGGACGCAAGCCGACCGGAGGUCACGUCAUGGCCCAUGCGUCUUCUACUCGCCUCCUACUCCGCAAGGGUCGUGGUGAUGAGCGUGUCGCCAAGCUCAUGGAUUCGCCAGACUGUCCCGAGGCAGAGGCCACCUAUGUCAUCACCGAGGGUGGCAUCAACGAUCCCGAGAAGGCUUGA